UGGAGUGGUCUGGGAUGACAUUUUUACAUGUAUGUGUGUAUUUUCUUUUCCUUUUUUCUAUCCCUCUGUGGCCGCUCGUGAUAUAGGACGAAGACAUCUUCUGUGGAAUGUCACGAGAUCUUGCUCUGUUCCUCUUGUGAUUUUUUUCCCGUUUUCGUCCGCACCACAAGCAAAGCCUGCCUGCGGCCCAGAUGUGAUCCGAGCUAGCCUAGGUUCUCUUCGUUCUAAUUCUUCUAGACCAAUCAGAACACAGCCCGCCAAGCGUCAUCGGGUGAGCGUCGACGGAUACAACUGAGAGACCAAAAAUCGGUAACAUUCUUUCAACUACAUAAAAAAGAUGCCAAGCCCAAAGAAGUCCAAGUCACCUGCGAGAGCCAGGACGAGAGCUCGCAGUAAAUCUGCCUCUCGCAGCCGCAGCAGAAGCAGCGGCAGAAAAACUAAAGCCACAGCUGCCAAGGUCACAGAGGUGAAAGAAGUUGUGAGAACUUCGUCGAGAAUCCCAACUCGUCGCAGCACGUCCAAGUCCCCGUCCAGAGUGAGGGUCAAAGAGUCUUCUGAGAAGUCUGUUGUGACCCAGUCUGCCGGAGGUGCAGCAGCAGCAGCAUCAACGGUCACCGAGACCGUGGUGACCAGGAGGACGUACGUCUCGUCUGGGUCGUCCGAGGGCCAACAGAAAGCCUCAGUCACACCUGUUCGCUCGUCGUCCAGGAUUGCCUCUUUGAUCGAGAAGGAGAGAGAAGAAUCGUCUCGGAUUCGAGAGCAAAUGAAAUCAGAAGUCAUGGCUAAUAUCAAAACUCCAGAGAAGUCUGACUCAGAGGAGCGCAAACCUAAAGAAAAAGCUGUCCACUAUGAAUUCAUGGGACCCAUUGGAGCAUUUCUACUUAUAUUUCUCCUCCCUCUCACUGUGUACUAUGUGAACAUGGCUUGCAGAAAGGGAAAUUGCUCAGUCUUGGUCAUUCCUAAGCUUCCAAGGAACAUUGUGGCUGCAUUUUUGGAUGUUGAAGUCACUUUGAUCUUCCUUGCAUGGAUUGCAUUCCAAGCUCUCCUUGCUGUGCUGCCCAUAGGCCGUGUGGUUGAGGGUCAGCCGCUCAAGUCAGGAGGUCGUCUCAAGUAUCGAUGCAAUGGUUUCAUUGCCUUUGUCAUUACAUUGUUGACCCUGGGAGCAGCUGUUUACUUCAAAUGUCCCGUCACCCUUGUUGUGGACAAAUUUUUCAAGUACAUGACGGCAGCUGUUCUCUUUUCAUUUACACUCAGCAUAUGUCUGUACGUCAGCUCUUUCUUGGUCAACAAGAAAAAGUUGGCUUCCACUGGAACCACAGGCAAUCACAUCUAUGACUUUUUUAUUGGUCGCGAACUUAACCCAAGAAUUGGACCCUUGGAUCUCAAGUUUUUCUUUGAACUGAGGCCAGGCCUUAUUGGAUGGGUCGUGCUGGAUUGGAUCAUGGUCGUCAAAGCCUACCAGGAAACUGGAGUGUGGCCUCCCAAUCUGAUCCUCGCCACGUUUUUCCAGACUCUGUAUGUUGCAGAUGCACUUUGGUUUGAGGAUGCUAUUCUUACUACCAUGGACAUCAUUCACGACGGCUUUGGCUUCAUGCUUGCCUUUGGCGAUCUGGCCUGGGUUCCCUUCUUGUACUCCCUGCAACCACGGUUCCUGCUUGAGAGUGGGUUCACUUUGCCCUGGUACUGUCUAGCACCUAUCGCCCUACUGAACUUUGUAGGAUUUGCAAUCUUUAGGAUGUCCAAUUCCCAAAAGAACUUGUUCAGAAAAGACCCCAAGAAUCCUGCUCUAGCUGGAAUCGAGACUCUCCCAACUCAGUCUGGGAAGAAACUGCUUGUUGGAGGCUGGUGGGGUCUAUGCAGAAAACCAAAUUACCUAGGGGAUCUCAUUAUGGCUCUGUCAUGGUCACUUUGCACAGGUUUCCACCACAUAAUUCCCUACUUCUACCCGCUGUACUUCCUGGUCCUCCUGGUGCACCGCGAGCGCCGCGACAACGAGCAGUGUCAGCAGAAGCACGGGGCUGCAUGGGAUCGCUACUGCGAGAGAGUCAAGUACAGGAUCUUCCCUUACAUCUACUGAGCAGGCCCGGACGGGUGUGUGUUGGUGGAACUACCGUGCUCCAAAAUCAAGACUACAUCAUUUCCUUUUUUUUCCUCCGAGAAGGUUCCUGUUGUGUAAUACAGACGUGAUCAUCAUCAUCAUCGUCACAGGUCCAGCUCUUAGAAUGGCAUGGUUCGCUCAGCAUGUUUGAAAGCGAAAAAAGGAGCUUUCUGCUCUGACCAUGCCUGAAGCCUUCUUUUUCAUCCGUCACAGUGUAAGACCAGUUUUGCGUACAAUUUCUUCCGUUUCGUGUGAAGUUUUGAAGUAAAAAUGUUUGUUUGCUAAAAGUGAGACUAUGAAAAUUUCAAUCAAUGCUUUCUCUUAGAGUCAAGAGCCAUGUCAUUUUAUGUGCGUGAAAUAUAUGAAAGUUGGUGGUUUCAUCGUUGUCAUCUUCUGGAAAUAUUUAUAUUCUUAAGAUUAAUUUUAUACUUAAUGCAGCAGAAUUGAUGUUCAGUUCUAGUGUGCCAUUUAUGUAAGAACAUGUGGCUGUAUAAGUUGGAAUGUAAUAAGUGAUAUAUUGCAAAUUGCUCUCACUGUUGCUUGAAAACUUGGCUGCCUGAUCAUCUUGACUGAAUGGCUUUGUUUUUUUUUGGGUUUUUUUGUUUUUUUUCAAAUCUUUUACAAAAUGAAUCAUAAAAUUCCUUUAGCUCUCUAAUCAUGGACAUAAAGUGUUCCCACUGAUAUAAGGUUAAAUAAUUCACGAAAGAGAAACGUGUUUACUAUGAAUUGAGUAAUACAGGGUUAUAGAUGUUAUAAGUAGAAAAAGCUGUAUGUCCAUAGAACAGAGAAGAGGUAGGCUAUUCAGAGUCAGAGAAGCAAGGAAAAAGCCAGAAUGAGUUGAGAAUAGAAAUGUACUAAUAUGAAACUUCAGAAAAGUUCAGUGUGUAAAGAAGCACAAUGUUAUUUUUGUUCGUACCUUCCCCUCAGCAGUUUUGAUUGGCUGGUUUUUAAUGAUACUGCCGAAAAAUGUCUAACUAAUCUACAUGAGCAUGCAGAAAAAAUAUAUAUUAUUUUCAUAAACUCUAACAUUGGUUUUUAUGUACUUAAAUUGAAUAUUUAGUGCAUUGGGAAUAUGUUUAUUCUGCACUGGCCCUUUUGCUACUGACAUUCCAUGUAAUCAGCAAAUGCAGGUGUCUAUGUGGACCAGCACAAGACUGUUUGCUAAGGUUUUGAAAGGCCAGUUUGGAUGUUUUUAAAAGCAGAUUGGUUGCUGGGGUUUGGUGUAACAAGUUGCUCCUCACUUCAGUAAUGUGCAGGGUUUGGGUGUUCAUUGACUUAGUAAAGAACUAUUAAUUUAAUCCUUCAAGAAAGAUUUCGUCUCAAUAUUGGUCCUCAACUUAAUAUUUACUUUUUCAAACCCUAUUCGGGUGUUACUGGAAACCAUUAGAACCAGAUUUAUAAUAUUUUUACGAUUGAUGGCUUUGAAGACCGAAAUACGACAAAGUAGACAUAAUCUAAUUUCAUUCUUUGAGAGCAUAUAAAAGUUGUUCAAAGAAAUUGGUAAGCGAUCCUCGAGUACCUCCUGGAGUGUUCUUUUCUGCGUGAUAAGUUUGAAUCUGUGCCUCUUGUACUAUUGUUAUUGAGAAUGUAUUACUGGCGUUCAGCUUGCUCUUUGGCAUUGUGUAGAGAAAAAGUUGUAGAUUUAUCUUUUAUUAUGGAGGUGCAGCCAGCUUUCUAGUCUUUUGUUCCCUUUUUUGCCUUAGUUUAGAUGUGAAUUUAGAUGGUUUCAGAGUAGUGUGUGUAGUCUGAAGCAUGACAAGUUCUCAUUUUCAACAAACACCAUUUGUAAUGGCCAAUUGGUCAAUGUUAUAUUAUUUUGUUGGUCAUAUUCCUUACAUGAUGCUUUUGUUCAUUUAAGUUGAUUUGUGUUAUGUUAAGACGGUGAGGUGUGGAAUUAUUUGUAGCUGCACUUGCAAGUAUACUGCACCAUAAUUCAUAAUUUUUAACAACUGUUUUGCUCAAAGAAAACUGGCACCCAUAAUAAGCAGUGACCUCCGUAAUAUGCAAAGUUGAACUGGUUUGCAUUCUUGUCCUUAAGCCUUAAUGCCAUUAUAAAAUUUGCUUUUGUUUUGUCAAGUUAAAGAUGGCAUAUUCCCCCCCUCUGCCAACCCAGCGUCUCAUUUUAUUUUGUAGCGUUUUCAGUGGACCCAUCAUCUCUCCCAGGAACCAUAUUCUUUCUGUCAUCUUGUCUUUCCUUCAUUGGGUUUUGUUACUUAUUGAGACUUGGUAUUCCUCACCCUUGUUUUGAGCUUCAUAUUUCACCCAUUUACAAGUUUCUACCUCUUCGUAAGUGGCACACAGAUUUCUAAUGGUUUAUUCUGGACAGGAGGCCGGCCUGUUCAAGUUCACACAUUUAUAUAAUUCAGAUUUGUUUUUUCGUUAAACAUGCAAUAGAAUUCUGCUAACAUUGGGAAGUUUUUCCACAUCUUCAUUUCUGUGGGUUGAGUAAUGUGCACCUGCAUAUUGUAUUUGCAUUGUUAGAUUUCCUACAUUGAGAAAAAAGUCAAAAUCAAACUGCAUCAAAUCAAAGCUUGUUUUACACCUAGAUUUCUCCAGGAGGACACUUUUUUUUUGUUUCUUGGCUUUUUAUUGUUGCAUUGUUGACUAAUUAAAUACUUUUUUUAUCACAUUAUUGAAGCCAAAAGCGAAAAUGUUCGCAGCCACCGCAACCAAUGUAACAGGAAUGUAUAUUUUGAAGACAGCAAGAUGUAUGAUUGAAGGUGUUGAAACUGCUGUGUGGUGUGCGCUCGAAAGGCCAGCCAUGGCACCUGAGAUUCUUUUUGUUGUGUGUGUUGUAUUCUGAGUAAUCAAGACAAUGGCAGUUCUCAGCUCUUUAAAAGGCAGCUUUUGGAUGCUGGUUACUAUGAUGCACUCAGUAUGCGGUCACAGAAGACAUGAAUGGAGAAAAAAAAUAAGCUCUAAAAACACCUAUAAAAUGUGGAUGCUUUCAUGUGAAAAGGGAUAAUGGCCUUCAGUCUGUGCUUGUGAAAUUAGUUGACAUUUCAAAGCUUUAAUUUGGAGGAAUAAUUAGAAAAUAUGCAAGAGUUUUCUUUCUUUCUUUUUUCUUUCAUAUAUAGUACAUUGCAUAAAUUAUUUAGUGCCUUUGUGUUUAUUUUAGGUAAGAAAUGUAUGUAUAUUGGCACUUUUUCCCUUCAAAUAACCUCUCAAAAAAUGAAAACAAAAGUGAAAUUUAUUCAUUUCGUUUACGUUGAGGUUCAUCAUUCUCACAUCACCAUUUUGCUCAGUCAUUAGUCAUAUCAUCAUCCACGGGUCAUUCAUUCAUCGUACGAGGCUGCUGAAAAUCUGCAUUAUAAACUUGCGUCCUUUCAUGUUCAUAUUGUAAAUAGUUUUUGUUUUGCAUGGAUUUGGUUCCUCAUUGUCAUUGCUUACAGUAUUUUCCAUUUACUUUCAUGUUGUUGUAGAAUUAGGUAUGUCAAAAUGUGUUUUUCCUUCUGGUCUGUAAAGCACACUUUUACUCUUGUGGUGUAGGAAAAAUACUAUGUAUUUCUGUUAAAAUGUUGAGAAAACCAUUGUCACUUUGUUUAAAGCGCGACUCUCGGCUUGACUUCUUUUAGAGGGUUUGGUUAGCUCAUUUAAAGUCGCAGUGUUUUUCUUAGUGAAAUCUUCAUAAAAGCAGCAGUUUUAUUCUGAGCCAAUUGUACAAAGGUUCAAUCUAAUCUUUUAGUAAGAACAUGGCAGCUUUGAUCCUGAAACUACUUUGAUCCAGUCGGUGGGGAAAUGUAUUUUCUCUUGAAACUAUAGUGAUGGUUUUUUAAAGUUUAGGUCUAGGGAAUGAGGAUAGGAUUCACAGAGGUUUUUUGGGUUUUUAAAAAAAUAUGUGUCUUUAUGCUAAGUUUUCUAUUUCUUUUGACUCUGUUUGGCUGGUUUUUGUUUGGUCUGGAUGUUCUAUUGUGAAAGGCUACAUAACAUGUUACUGUGGUGUGGCCAUAGAAGACCAGGUCUGAACUUGAUAUUAAUAUUAUAAAAGACAAGAGACUGUCACGUAUAUAUAUUAAUAUUUGGUUUCAGUAUACACAUAAUAUGAGAUACUUGAUACUUAUGAAAUAUGCCAAUCAUAAGUUAAUAAUCAAAUUACUCGUACGUGUAAUGCAUCCGCCGUAUUACUAUCGGGGCACAGUGCCAAGUAUAGGAGAAUGGAAGCGUUGCAUUAACAGAGAGUGAAAUAUAAGAGGAAUGCCGUGCAUAUUUUACUAACUAUGAUUAUAUAGGUCUCAUAUUAAAACAUACUCUCCAAAUAUCUCCUCCAUACCAGUGUAUUUUGUACAUGAAAUUUAAUAUAUGUGUAUUUAACAGUGUGUACCACUGAGGAUGAAUGAAGCACUCUGUGUGUUUACUAGUGUGACUGAAUGUCCUUUGUAUGUUUAGAUUUUUAAAGUACUCUACGCACUGCCUGAAAAAAUGCCAUAGUUAAGGGUGUUAUUUUGAUUGUUAUGUGUUCUCUUUCUUUCCAUGUCGUGGUCUGUUACAAGCUCAGUGGUUCACACAAAAGUUCACAAGAAGUAUUAUGAUGGUCAUGUUUGUGUGUUUUGAAGAUCACACUGUCACAGGUAUUGUUCCCUUCAAACUUCAAUGAAAUGCAGGAGUGCCUCAUUUUGGAUUGGGAUGGUUUACGAUAUAUAUAAGCAGAGAUGUAUGUUUUGUUCUUUUGGUUUUAUUUGUAGUAUUUAGUAGAAGAGUGUUAACAGAUUUGGAUUAAGUUGAAAUAUAUGUCUUUUGAAAUUGUCAUUUUCACAAUAUUUUUGUUCACGGCACAGAGAGUGAAUUGGUAGAUGAUUUUUGUCUCUUGUAUGCAGAAGGGCCAUGACGUAUAAUAAUGAAAUGUAAUGACUCAUAGAAUCUCUUUUUAAAGUUUUAUUACGGCCAUUUGUGGAAUUUUUUUUGUGUGUGUACUUGAAAUGCGAACUUCCUGUUAUUGUAAUUGUAAUAAAGUUUGUUUGUGAUCUGUAGCCACAA